AGUUGAUGACUGAGGACAAUCUUCUGUUGAAAAAAUCAGAUGAAACUUACACCAUAUCGCCAAUCUUUGCUGUGCAGUUUAUUGUUUACUGCGUGAAAAAUAAUUUCAGGGAAUUAUUGUUUAUUUACAUGGAUUUUCACGGAUUAUACCCGACUAAUGGAAUCUGGAGGAAUGUGGCCUGGAUGUAAAUAGCUACCCAUGGUUUAAAAUGAUGAUUGGGUUCAGGAACUAUUCUAAAGAUAAAAAGCAUAUACUAGAAAUGAAUUUGACAACAGCUGAGAACAUUCUGAAUUUAUCUGGUAACGACCUGAAACAUCAGCUCUGCCAAACCAAGCCAUUGACUGUUCUAGCUACUAUUUUAACGUCUUCAUUGGAACUGAACAGGAUUGCUUUAUUUCAGGUUUUCAACAACGAUAUGUCAAGCAACUUGGGUUUUGAUGGGCAAACUUUGAUGAAUUCCUUGAAGCAGUAUCCUACACUGUACGCCGCCAUUUUUGACGAAGAAGAUUCAAGUGGAGAAAGAACUGUUUCUGCCGUUCAGCUACUACAGGAUAAUACAGACAUUGAUGCGAAAAAGCUUUUCAACUGGCGCCUGCAAGAUGGCUCUUCCGAAGAAAUUCCUGCACAGUGUGUUCCCAACUUCUCUUCGAAAGAUUUAGUGGAACAAUUCGGCGUGCGUGUCGAUAUGUCAUACAUUUAUUAUUUAAAGCAAAGAAGACCUGUGUAUGCAUAUAUUGUUUUCAUUUUGAGCUUGCCGAAUGGACCAGAAGAAAGAGAGCAAAGGUUAUCCGAGGCAUGCUACGAGGCAUGUGAAAUUGCUACAACUGACUUUGCAAACAACCCGGUUGCCUCGGCGUGCAUAUGUUUUUUAUAUUUACUUGGAAUGGAUACUUUGGCAUUGAAAGUCGACGUAGAAAGUGCAAAUUUUGUCCUUGAGCAUUGGGAGAAGAGAGAUAAUGAGUUGUAUUCGUCCGAUGAAAAGCUAAAGAAAUUUAUUGUUGCAUCACUGAAAGGCAAAGAAAAGGACAGGGCUGUUUUUCUUGGAAUGCUUGAAGAAUGCGUAGAGGCGGGUUUGCGCACGAAAAAUAUUGAAUUGUCAAGUUUUGCGGCGAUAUUGUCAUACCGAAUCGCCGUGCAGUUUGCUCAAGUCAGUAAUCUCCCUCCAUCUACAAAAAUCAUCGAAGAAACAAUAAAAGACGGAUGUUGGUUCCAUACCAUCGUUUAUAUUCAAAUGUAUCAAUUAAGGCCAUCGGAGAUUAUUCCUGCAUUAGAAAAAUCCAUGACGAAUACUGUUUUAUUGGACCAUAUGUGUGCGAUUGUUAAGAACGCAAAGGAGAUGAGAAAAACGGUGGAAGAGGCAAUGGAGCCGGAUCAAAGGCCAAAGCAAGUUAAAAAAGGAAGAAACACCGUCAAGAAAGCAGCUUUAGAGAAAGAUUUCCGUGCACAGUUUUAUUUUAAUCUGAACAAGAGAGCAACAGAAAGAACUGACCUUGUUUCCCCUACAAAAAGUGCCUCGCCUUCAUUAAACGAAAACAGACGUCGACGGGAGCAAGGUCUAGGUGGAGUGAGCAGUGGAAGUAGCGAAAGCAUUGAUGAGAAGCCAGUUGAGAAACCACCAAUUAAACUUGGCGAAAUACAGCCAUUAGACGACAUUCUUGAUAUUGUCCUCGAGUGUGAAGAAACCGGGUUCCCUUCACGUGUCCUCCUUAGAUACGCGCUGAAUUACUCCCAGCCAUUCCUAACUGUCCUUGCUGCCUGCUACAAGGAUUCUUGUCCACUGAAUUGUCUUUCUGUUUGGUUGAUAUCAAAUAUUGAAACAUUAAGAAGGAAAACCGUUUUUAGAAAUGUUCCAGAUUUAAUGCGAGCUGACUGGACUGUUCAAACGAUGCUUGAAUUGGUUUCUGAUUUGUUGUUUGAAGAAGCAAAGGCCAUCGUGGUUAUUGCCCAAGGCUUCAAGAUUUUCAUGAAGGAAAACCUGCUGUACCAUUUCUUUUUGUUCAUCGAAUCUUUCGCAGCAAAAGAGAGCGAUGACGUUUGCGGUCAGCAUCUAAAGGCGUUCAUCUCAAGGCUCGCGAAAGAAAAAGUCGGGGAUGAACCCUUUAUUGAGCAAUUUUUUCAUCAGAUGAUCCCUAUCAAGGUCCUCAUUGCCUUUCAGUCGAAAUUUUUCAAAAGGAAAUUGCUCCAGUACUUCAUUGACACUGAUCUCGGAAAGUUCCAAAGUCCAAAUCGUGCCUCCUACAUUAGACUUGCCAUGGUGUGUGAAAUAUCAAAGGAAACGGCAAUUUUGCCGGACUAUUUGAAGCUGGCUUCUGAAGUGAGGGAUUUGGCCAAUCAAGAAGAGAACCGAAUUUUUGACCAUCUUAUUUCCAAAGAGCAUCUUGAAAAAGCAGCAAAAUUAGCCGCCACGCUUGAUCUACCGUCUUGGAAAGUCGCCUAUUCUCAGGAGACAACUGAACUUAUAAGAAUGAAAGAUACGGGACUCUGGCUUAGCUGCGAGGCAAGAUUCGACUUUUGGAUGAAGUCCAACGAGAGGCUGCAUAAAUGCCGCUGUUCGCAUUCAGUAGCUGGAAGCUUCUAUGAGUCACAAGGUGUGAUUGAGGAAGACCUGCCAUUCAGUGAAAGGGCCUUGUUGCUAGCCGUGGCCCAUGAUUGGUUUCGUGAAUCCAAAGAAGCCCUUGGCAGUGAAAAGGAGAAGAGUGAAUUGGAGGCGAAGUUAAAGGAAUUAGAGAAAAAACUCUGGUUGUUAAAAUUGAAUGCAGAAGUUGAAAAGUUAGACGAGGAAAACAUUGCUGGUCCCGAAGACCCAUCGCUGGCAAGAACGAUUCAGCUGUGCAACGCAAAGAUUUUCGAGUUCCUUGGCGAAAAGAGAAACAAAGAAAGUUUUUCAGGCUUCCAUGAUUCUUCGCAAACAAAUCUACUAAUAAGUAAAGAGCUUUCUGGGAAUGAAAUAGAAGGCAACUCAGCUGACUGGAGCCAACGAGAGAAUCAUGCAUUUGAGAUUAUGAUUGGACAGUUAAUUGAUGACUGUGAAAUCGACCAAGCACAGCGAGUAUCGGUGUUAUUCGGGAGAACCACACCUGACCUUUAUUACAUCCUGUCUGCAAUUGCUUUGGCACAAGGCACAAAGCAAGUUGAAAAUCUAGAGGAAGAUAUCAAACGCCUGCUUGCAAAGACUCCUAAACGUAGUCUCUCACUGUCAAGCAGCUAUGACACGGUUGUAUCGUUCAAUCGAGGAGUAAGCACAGUUGAGAGCACGGCCAGCCCAGGGCUAGUGAUCUCAGACUGGGUGAUUGUCGAAGAGGCUCAAAACGCGAUCGAGAAGCUAAUGUCAACGUGCACCAGAGGUAGAAAAUGCUGUGAACGCAUUUUGAUUUGCUUCAAAAUAUCAAAGAUGCUUUCUAUCACCUAUAAAGAAAUCGUGUCUUGGGAUCCAUUUAGAGUUCUACGGCUGCUCGUCUACAGCGAUAUGGACCAACAAAGACAAAUCUGCAGGCAGUACAUAAAGACGUUUGACCUCAAAGAUGAAGAGGUUGCAGCUUUCAUUGCAAAGAUUGUUAUCAGAGUUAUCAAGUCAAAAGCAAAUAUUGAACUCAACACACUCACAGUACAAGAGUUUACAGACACAACGAAACUCAACCCGAACGAAAUAACACGCUUGAUGCAACUCGUGCAACAACCCUCAUCACUUGGAACCUUCCUGUUAGAAGAAGCUAGGGGUAUGGCAGCAACUGUGCAUGGGGAGACAGAUUUGAAUAUUUUAGAAACGCAAGUAGAAUUGCUGAUCAGAGCUCAUGAUAGUUUCACGCUUUCAUGCAACAUGGAAGGCAUUUCAGAGGUACUCCGUACCGCGCGCGUUUGCAUGUUGCAGUUGGUCGAAAACAAAGCUUAUUCGCUAAUGGUACGAAUUUUGACAGGAAUUGGUAGAUUUAAAGAAAUGUCGUACGUUUUUGAAGCCCUGGCAGAAGCACACCAUUUUGAACUACUUUUCCGCAAAGAUAUUGACAAGGAGGCGCAGUUGAAAAGUGCCUUGUUGGAGUACAUCAAGACGAACCAUCCAAAUGAUACAGAAAAAAUGGACAUGCUAUCGAUGCGCUUUGGCAUGCAUAGAGAAGUUGGGGAGCAACUAGAGGAGACAGGGGAGAAGCAAAUCCUUGCUUUGAGCAGCAAGUUUUCAGGUUCAUUAAAGGAUUUGGAAUCAGAGUUAAAGUCAGUGAUGAAGACGUUUUCUUAUGCAGCCGAUAACUUCAGAAAGGUGAAUUGCUUAAGGCAGUGUGCACGUUGCAAGAGAGUGGCUCGCUUAGCUGAAUUGCAAAUUCGACUUUUGCCCACUGGAAAGAAGGUGAUCGGACUUCGAAAUGAAAGCCUUAAAAAAUUUCUAACAAGUCAUGAAGAUUUUUAUGAGGCCCUCAUUAUUGCAGAUGGAUAUAAUUUAACAUCCACUUCCAUAUGGGUAGAUCCUCUUUUCGAAAGGGUUGUUCAGAAAGGAGAGAUGAAUUAUUUGAAACAAUAUCUAUCUCUGUAUCAGUUGACUGGUUCUGUGGUAUCUGACAUUGUGACAAGAUUUGGAUCUGAGCGAAAAACAAGCAGUAUGGGUGAAAAUUUGCGGAAGAUGCUGCUUCAUUUGAAGGAUGUAAAAUUAAGGUACAAACUUGCGCAUGACUUAAGCUUUAAUGACAUAGUCAAUGACCUCUUAAAGGGUCCACAGGGUGCAUUUCUUAAGGACUCUCUGUUUAUUCACUGACGUUGAACUUACUUGCUACAUUCAUAGGCGCAUAGAUGUUUUGUAUCGACAACCCAAUGACAAAUAGUCAAGAAGCUUUGAUAGAUAACUGAAGCAAAAAUGAUAUGUUAGCAAUUCAUUAAAUAGUAUCUGAUAUUUGAUGCUGCAUGAAAUUUAUUUUUUCAAUUUUAAGGCUUUAAUAAGAGUAUUGGCAAUGUAAAGCCUGGUUUCCAUUAACAGCUUUAGGCAAAAUAUCAAUUGUAGCAAUCUCUACCAAAAAUUAUAUUGGCUCGUAUCAGCUAACAAGCUAUCACAUGGACCCUACAGACUAUUUAUACAGUCACAACAAGAACACAUUUCAAACUCACUAGCAUGCUUGCAUCUGAAUUCUAUUGUAACCUCCAUUUCGUAAGACUACCAAUUUUUACCCUCUUGGUACUGAAUAACCACAGAAAUACAUCAUUUUUCCUUACAAUUAACCUGACAAAUCAUGAGUCAACCAGACAUCUGUCAUGUUGACAGAUAACCAGUAAAUCAUCACAGAUAAUCUCCUAUCAAUUAAAACACAAUGGAAUAAUAUUCCAGGACAUCAUAAAUUCUGAUUUACACCAAUUUUGAAUGCUGAUUUCCCAAGUUGAUAGCAUGCAACGCCAAUUGAUUUUGAUCUUAUUUCCAAAUUGAGACGUCUGCAUCAGUCACAGCAAGUCAUACUCUUAUAGAAAGUACAUUGACAUUUGGAUAUAUGAUAAUGGAUAAAUAAAGAUGGAAUAUUUUGCAGAUUUUCUAGUUAUAAUUAAUAGAUUUCAAUUUUAGUAAAGCUUAGUGAAAGAAUAAAUUUGUAAGAUAUUGAAUAUUAUCUGAUAUUAUGACCAGAUUAAUUUUUGUAAUAAAUUCUUAUGAGAAUAACAUUUUUGAAUGGACAUGUGUAAUUUUUUUGACACCAUCCUGAACAUCUGUCAGGCUAUCAUCAUCAUCACUAGCAUCAAAGGGAACUACUUUAAAGGAUAUUUAAUUUUUUCAAAUCGGUUUUGCCAACCAGACAUUGUCACAAUGACCAUCAACAUCUGCAUCAAUCAUUAU